AUGAUAGAGGUAGAAUUGUUCGACGUUUGGGGCAUCGACUUUAUAGGGCCUUUUGUGAGUUUAUAUGGGAUGAGAUACAUUCUAGUUGUUGUUGAUUAUGUACCAAACUGGGUUGAAUCCAUUUCUUUGUCUGACAAGAAGGGAAAAGAGUGGUUGCGUUCCUUAAAAGGAACAUUUUCUCUAGAUUUGGGGUGCCAUGCACCAUUAUUAGCGACAGUGGAUCUCACUUUUGAAACCGAGUGUUUCGAGCUGCCUUGCCAAAUGAAUGCUAGCAGACAAGACUGGUCUAGGAAGCUGGAUGAUGCCUUAUGGGCAUACAGAAUGGAUUACAAGACACCAAUUGGCAUGUCACCGUACCAGUUAGUUUAUGGUAAGGAAUGUGAUUUACCAAUUAAAUUGGAGCAUAAGGCGCUGUGGGCACUUAUAAGGCUGAAUUUGAAUUGGAAUAAGGCAACACAAUUGAGAUUGGGUAAGCUGAAUGAGAUGGAUGAGUUCCGUCUUGGUGCUUAUGAAAGAGCCAAUCUUUACAGGGAGAAGAUAAAGAAGUACCAUGACCGGAGGAUUGCAAAAAGAGAUUUUCAAAAUCAUGAUUGGAUGCUUCAAUUCAACUCUAGACUGAAUCUAUUUAUAGGUAAGCUUAAAUCGAAAUGGUCGGGUCCAUUCCAAGUUAAUCAAGUCUAUUCAUCUAGAGUAGUUGAACUUGCAAAUGAAGAUGGAAGUGUCUUCAAAGUGAAUGGGCAGCGACUGAAGUUGUAUAUCGGUUCAAUGGACAUGAUGAAGCGCAUAGCUACUAUCUAUCUCAAUGAAGUCUGA